CUUUCUCUUUACAGGAAGUACUGUACCUGUGGCAUGGUUUUCCUGUCUUGGCAAAAGCUCCACAUCUGCUGAGGAUGUAUCUAUAUAUGAUUGAAAGUAAUAUUUCCAAAGUAAAUAAAGUCAAAGCACCAGAUGACUACUACAUGUUAACAUUAUUACGAGGUGUUGUUCUGAAGUACCUUGACUGUCCUCUCCAGGCUGAAGAAUAUUUUAAAGAAGUUGUCCAGAGUGAGAAGGAAAUUAAAGAAGAUACCUUCUUACCCCCUUAUGCAGCAGGAGAACUUGGAAUUAUGUUCACUGAACAAAUGAGAGAUUCGGAAGCUACAGAAUGGCUUCGUAUAGCCAGACACAGUUACCAUGGCUACCUCACCGAAGUGAUGUUGCAUUUCCGAUUACAUGCUGCCCAGAAGAAGCUACAAGUGAGGAAUAAUUUAGAUCUUCGAGAGACCCUGACUCCUUCUCCACAUCUCUCUCCUCCUUCGGGCUGCUCCUCCGGGGUCAGUACCCCUGAGAACUUGGAAUUCUCACCGUCUGAGCUUGAACCUCCACUGGUCACCAGUUCUAAAACCCUUUUGGUUCCUCCAAACUCUUUAAAGCCAGUGUUCAAACGAUAAAUGACUUGGUAGAUAUUUGUAUUAUAUGUGUAUAGUACCAGAAAUGAUGAUGGACACUGUCUCUAAAACAACAGGUAAUACAGCUGAAAUGUGAACAAAUGUUUAAUUGGUAGAACAUCUUUUAAGUUUUUUAAAAGCCAAACAUUUCGUUCUGCUAUUAUGAAAUAAUCAACAAAUGAACUGAGGGAACUUUUAUUAAGUAAAGGUAGGACUCGUUUUAGAAACUAUAGUUGACUUGCAUGUAAAUUUUUAUCAAGCACUAGUUAUUCUGGUUUUAAACAAGUCCACUUUUUAGCAUAUUAUGAUGGCUGUUAAACUUUUGAUGCUUUAGAGUUAUUGUAAUUAUUUUAAUGAUCGAAAAGGAUAUUUAAAAUAAGUGAACAUUAAAAAUGUGUGCAUUGUUCCGUGUUACAGAAAAUAAACAGUAACACAGAAGUUGAAAUGGUUUAAACUGAAUGUGUAUAAACAUUAGUUACUUUGUUAGCUUAUUGUAAGGUCUCAUUACAGAUGUGGAAGUUAAACAUAUAGUUGUCUUUAUGGCUUUUAGUUAAUGGAAAAUUGUAGUAUUAAAAAGGUCACCUUAUCUAAGCUUCCACUUGCUUGAUUUGAACAGUUUAUUGCCAUACAAGAAAGACUAAUUAAAUGGGCUCUGUUCUAGGGUGAAUAUAAUAUAUAUAUAUAUAUAUAUAUACACACAGUUCAUUUCAUCUCAACUGUCUUGUCACGUAAUAAAUCUUACUUAUGCUUGUCACCACUUAUUUUGUGAAAAAUGUUAUGAUAUGGAAAAACUCCCUUGAUCUGACUUAACAGGUUACAAUAUAGCUCAGUUGAACUGAGCUGUGUGUCACCAUAUAAUAACCUCCGUGAUCUGAGUUGUGUGUUACUAUACAGUAAUGCUUAUGGUCUUUGCUGCGUCACUAUAUAGUAAUGCUCAUGACCUGAGUUGAGUCACUGUAUAGUAAAGCUCGUGACCUGAGUUGUGUCACCAUAUAAUAACCUCAGUGAUCUGAGUUGUGUCACUAUAUAGUAAAGCUCAUGACCUGAGUUGUGUCACUAUAUAGUAAAGCUCAUGACCUGAGUUGAGUCACUGUAUAGUAAAGCUCAUGACCUGAGUUGAGUCACUAUAUAGUAAAGCUCAUGACCUGAGUUGAGUCACUAUAUAGUAAAGCUGGUGACCUGAGUUGAGUCACUGUAUAGUAAAGCUGGUGACCAUAUCUUACCACACAUUGUUACAGCUGUUUGUUUCAACCAAGAAGUUUCUUGAUUUUAACUUACCAUAAAAUAAAUUCAGCUGAUAUGAGGUGUUCGUUAUCAUACAGGAAAGUUCACAUGUAAGUCUGUGCUGUAAAUUCCUGCUUAGUGUUUAAUAUAUCUAUAAAUAAUAUUACGUAGCUCUUAGAACAAAAAAAUAAUUAUUUAUCUAAUAGUUUCGAAAGUCUACUUCUAAAAUUUCCUGAAUAUAUUUUGAUAAACUGUAAAAAGGAAGAGAGAGACAGAGAACUAAUUUCUUAUCGUAGAAUAUUUAGUACAAAAUGUUAUAAAUCGUCUGGCUGAGACAGCAUCAGAUUCAAACUUAAAAAUUAUACUUUCUCUUAUGAAGUUUCUUUGGAUAUUAAUAACUUAAUUUCAUUCAAACCAGUUUUAAUAAACACAUUAAACCCUUUCCCCUCCCUACCCAAGGCAACUUCAAUAGCUUGCAUCCUUAGCUGUUGUAGUCAUAACUAGUCAUUAAGGACUUAGCUGUGAUAUAUAACUGUAUGUAGGAACACACCAGUGUAUAUAUGUAUUACUUGUGUAAAAAAAUCAGUGGAAAUAUCUCAAAUGUGACUGUAUCAGAUGUUAGACACGUCUUUACUUAGUAGUUCGUUACUUAUAUAGCAUAUUAUAGUAAUGCUGAAAAUUUUUUGGUAACUAAUGAACAUGCAAGUAAAAUACAGGGGCUUUCUUUCAUAACAGUGAGACCCGAGGAAGAUUGGUUAUAAGUUGUUAAAUAACAUUCUGUCCUCCUUAGUUAAAGUAUUUAGUAGUGUUUAGGCUUAAGUUUGGUGUGAUUUUAAUAGAUUGAAGGCUUAAGUUUGGUGUGAUUUUAAUAGAUUGUAAGAACGUAAGGGCUUAUAAUACUGAAGUCCCUCCAUGAUGGACAUAAGUGCAGAUAGCUAGCCUAUUUAUCUGUGUGUUAGAAGAACCAAACUGUUAUUGGAUAAA